AUGGGGCUCAUCGAGCAGCCGCUCCCAUUCAAGAAGAAAGUCCAUGCUACACCCUCUCCCCCCCGCACCGAUUCCGCUGAUCUUCCUGGUUCCUCCCGUGAUGCACAUGGGGCAGAAGGAGAUCGGGCCGAGCCAGAUGCCUCCCCCCCGUUUUCUGCCUCCUUCGACCACGAAGCAGCCGCAUGUCCAGAAGAAAGCGUCUUCACACCGUCCAUCUCCUUGUCCGACGACGAGCGUGUGUUUUCCUGGCAGAGGCACUUGGCUUUGCCCAUGAAACCCAGUGUUUACUGGUACGUUGUGGAACAUGAACUGCUGGAAGUGGCAGAGGGAGCGAAUUUCGUUUACGUGGACGAAUCCCCACACAACUUGCGCAUUCGCAGGAAAUUUGGAAGAAAUCUUGUGGGACGGUGGGAAAAGAGAAGACAGCAAGCAAUAGACGAGAGAUGCCUCACGAGUCGCCCAUCACUUGCAUAUAUUACGAGUACCGACAACAUCAAGGGGAAUUUGAAAGAAUGCUCCUCGUUGCCUGGCAAUCGUCGAGUCACAGAUCCAUCUCGAUUCAUCCAGCGCCGCUUACGGCGAGAUCAAUCGUCCGAAAUGGGUAACUAUUGCUGCUGUUGCCCACGAUCAGAAGAGGAUUCGGAUCGAGGCGAUGCCUCCCAUAUGGAAGCAGGGUCGUCAGCUGUCGACGGGGAAAACCCUGCAUGGCCCACAUCCAAAGGCCACUCCCUCAAGAAGAGGUUCCUGCCGAGCAUUUUUAAGAAGAAAUGCGCCUCGUCGGAAAGAGUGGGGAUGGGGCUCAUCUCCGAGCAGCCGCUCCCAUUCAAGAAGAGAGAGAAAGUCCAUGCUACACCCUCUCCCCCCCGCACCGAUUCCGCCGAUCUUCCUGGUUCCUCUCCACUCCCUCAAGAAGAGCCGCUCCCAUUCAAGAAGAGAGAGAAAGUCCAUGCUACACCUUCUCCCCCCCGCGCCGAUUCCGCCGAUCUUCCUGGUUCCUCCCGUGAUGCCCGUGGGGCAAAAGGAGAUCGGGCCGAGGCAGAUGCCUCCCCCCCGUUUCCUGCCUCCUUCGACCACGAAGCAGCCGCAUGUCCAGAAGAGAGCGUCUUCACACCGUCCAUCUCCUUGUCCGACGACAAGCGUGUGUUUUCCUGGAAGAGGCACCUGGCUUUGCCCAUGAAACCCAGUGGGCGUCUCCCGGUCGUGGGUGUGGGUGAGAUGAGGUUCACAUCCAGGCCUGGUGUGCUUGCGUUCGGGGUGAGAUUGCUUCACCCCCCGCUUCCAUCGAAUCGUGUCAUGGAGUUGGAGGAAUAUAUGGUGAAUCUCAGUCUCCUUCCCCCUCGUGUGGAGGUCUCCUGCAAAUCAUCGGCGAUGCUCGUGUCCAUCUUCUUGCCUCAACGCUCCUGGUUUCUGCCGCCCGAGCUAGCCGUUGCUGCGUUCUUCGAGGAAGACUGCAUGAUGCUGAAUAUGCAACACCGUGUCGGAUCUGGAACGGAGGAGACCAAGAAAAUCUGUCGCCGCUACCAUCAUCCAGUAUUGCCCAUCAAAGUCACCGUGCUGGAAAGUCGUGGCCGCACUGCGAUGGCGAUGUCGGUGGAUUACGAUGCUGUAGAUAAUCUCUUCCCGAGUCUCAGCCGCUACCUUGGUUCGGCGAAAACAGGAAAAGGAAGAAAUGAUCACAUGGAGGAUGAGGAAGGAGGAUGCCUCAUUCAAGAGCUCAUCUAA